CUGAUUAAUCCUCCUCAAUGCCUUUGGGAUUUAUAUUAUUAUUCUCAUUUUUCUCCGAAAGGAAACGCAAGGAAGGGAUAUCCUACUAUCUUCUGAGGAUCAUUGAAUACUGCGAUUAUUUUUAUGUGUUGUAUAUCUUGGUUCACUUAUGGACCGUGAAAGGGACGGUGUUGAGGAAAAUAUCAGUGAUUCUCAUAGUAGGCGUGUAAUAUCGAAUAGAGACCUAGGAGAUGGCGCUAUUAACGAUAACGAACAUGGUUCAGUUAUGAACCGUGAAAGGGACAGUGUUGAGGAAAAUACCGGUGAUUCUCAUAGUAGCCGUGUAAUAUCGAAUGCAGUCCUAGGAGAGGGCGCUAUUAACGAUAACGAACAUGGCUCGGAGACAAGUUCAGAUUCUUCCUCAUCAAAGUCUUCUUGUGAAGAUAUCGUUCGAGUCAGUUCUCAAAUUGAACCUCCCGAUUCUGUAGGAGAGAGUAGCAUUCAUGGAGGCUCAAGCAGGUCGGAAGAGUGUGUUAAAGACGAGUCACCAAUUCUAUCGCCUUCUGUCCGAGUGAUGGAAUCCCCCGAUGAUGAUAGUCCUGCUUAUUUCUUUAGUAAUGACUCUCCAACAAUGGAAGGGAAUUCGUCUCUUGAUGAAUUUUUGUUUAGCAUUCAUAUGGGGGACGAUAGUUUCUCCUCUUCUUAUGAUGCAACGACCGAUACUGUUGCAGAUGUAGAAAAAUCUACAGAGCACUUGAAGGGUAACGAAUCCAGAAAUUCGGGUGAGUUGGGUGGGUUUGACCAAAUUUGUGCAACUACUAAAGGAGUAGACCCGGACAUGGGGAAGACUGCGAGCGUGGAUGUGAAACAUGGAGAGAAGAGAAUGGUUGGUGAACCGCUCAACAAUGUUCCGGUGGGUCUCGUGAAUAACCAAGUUGACACGAGUGCAAGAGGUUCCGUGGAUACUAGUUACAAACAUAAGCCAAAUGGAACAAUUGCUUUGCCAAAAAAGAAGAAAUCUUGCCAUUGCUUUGAGUGGCCUAGGUGUAAAUUUCCAGGUUGCUCGUGCAAAUGGACUCGUUGCUCCCUUAAAUGGUUCAGCUGCCGUGGGUGCUUGUGUGAGAGGCCGAGCAAGCAGUUGAAGUAUCCAAGAUGGGCAGGCAACUGCUUUAAGUGCCUGUACUGGCCUUGCCUCAAGUGCCGAUGUUGAAAUUGUACAUCAACGUGUUGAUCGUUGUGAUUCCAAUAGGUGUAAAAUUGGUGAGUGACCACUUCCAAGAUACGAAAGUUCAGAGCAUUCAACAAAGCUCGGUGAAGGCAACAACAAACCAAAAGGCACGCUCGCUCGCUCGCUCGCUCUUCCUUUUCGUGUUCUUUUCUCAUACACACCUUGUACUAUAGGUGCAGUAGUAGAUAACUGUAACCUACACACCUUGUACAUUUACU